AUGGUGACCAAGCUCAAGGAUCUGGAUCUUCCAGCGUUCUUCACAACAUUGACGAGGCCGAGAAGAAAGACUCGGCAUGUAGCCAUAGCGAGAAGAGGCCAUUGCGCCUGUUUCCAAGCUCGGAGAUUAGUUUUGCUUGUGGGCAAGGAUGUGUCUGAGCAGCCGAGAAUUGGAAGGUGGAACAUUGUGCUUAUUAACGAUCGAUUCAGAGUAGAACUGUCAUUGUGCGUCCCUCUCUCCUGUUUUCGAGCUGCUCAAAAUCCCGUAAUUAAGCAAACCAAAAACAUGCGACGUAAGAAAAACUACAAUGAAAAGUCCUCUACGACAGGGGAACGAGACUCCUGGAUUUUUUGCACCUUGAGCGUUCCCGUGUUUUGUGCUGCGUGGGCGAAGGAUGGCUAUGUCGUGUGUGGCGGUGGAGGCGGGGCAACGCGCAGCGGGCGUGGCAACAUGCUCAUCCUCGCGCGAUGGACCGGCUCCGCGAUGGAACAGCUGUAUACACGGAGCACAGGCCUCGACGCUCCUUAUCAUCUGGCGAUCCACCCCAAUGGAACGGACUUUGUUUGCUCCUUCAUCGCCAAUGAGUGGCACGACGGGAAACUGGAAUUCUUUCGCUUGGCUGAGGACUUGAGUAUAGAGAGCGCCCAUCGCGAAAUCGUCAUAGCGAAGGAGCAGACUGCCAUGGCCUUCAGCAUGGACGGCACCAUGUUUGCAACCGCGGGAAUGAAUGGACACUUGCGUGUAUACAAAUGGCCUUCGUUGGAGCUUCUCGUGGACGAGCAGUGUGAGAUUGGAUCGGCAGAGUUUAAGUCUCUCGAAUUCAGUGAGGAAGGAACGCUCUUGGCUGCGUCCACAAGUGGUGGAAAAACUUACGUGUGGGAGCUCCAUGGAGACAAUCAUCUGCGUGUCAUUCCUUCCGAGGAAGGACGCUACUGCUGGUUCUCAAGGAGUUCAACGCCGCAACUCCAUGUAGCAUCAAGCAAAGGCCAUAUUACCAACUGGAGUGAGGACUGGAGAACCAAAGAGACACGCAAGGAGAGGUUUUGCACGCAUCCUUUCUCAGCCUUCAGUGUCAGCUCGGAUGGCAAGCUCUUGGCAAUGUAG